CCGCCGCCGCCGCUUUUAUGUCUGUCUUUAAACGCCGUCGCAGCGAGGGUUGGACACAUGUCCCUGCUGCCGCCUGCCCGUCUCUGAGCCCUGUACCCUCACGGCCCCCCUCGCCGCUCCGCGCCCCGGGGGGUACCCAGGCCCCCUCUUCUUUCCUUCGUUCCCACAGCUGGCGCCCGGCGACCCCCGCGGGCGGAGGUACUUUCAGUAGAACAGACUUUCAGGAAGCGAAGUCCUUAACUCUUGAUUCCCUGGUAUCAAGGACUCAUCAGGCACCAUCUUCAGCCUAUUGCUUCAGUAUUCUUGGCCAAGCAGAGGGAGAGCUUUCUUCAGCCCUUGUCCAUCUGUCUCAACUGAACCUGACUUCCUUGCUGAUUUUCUCUUUAUUACAAAUGCCUAAGAACAGCAAGGUAGUGAAAAGGGAACUAGAUGAUGAGGUCAUUGAGUCAGUUAAGGACCUUCUCUCUAAUGAAGACUCUUCAGAUGAUCCCUUUAAGAAGAGUGAACUUAUGGUUGAUGAUCAGGAAGAAAAAGAUGUUGACGUUGAAGAAGGUUCAGAUGUAGAAGAUGAAAGACCUGCUUGGAACAGCAAACUCCAGUAUAUUCUGGCACAAGUUGGAUUUUCCGUGGGAUUAGGGAAUGUGUGGCGAUUCCCGUAUCUGUGUCAGAAGAAUGGUGGAGGUAAGUCUUGUGAUAGCUGGCCAUAUCUAAAUGAUAAAGCUAACCUAUCUGGUUUCAAGAUUAGCAGAGGUUUCAACAACAAAACCUGCUACAUCAUGUCAAGUUUUUCCUUUAAUUUCUACCAGAACCUAUGAAGAGACACCCAUAUUCUCUUUGCGUAGUGAGAUACAUCUGUUAAAGUAAGUAGCAGAUUAAGAUUCAAUUUACACAUUUUAGGGAAGAAAGCUCUUGGUAUGACUUUAGUGGUCAAACUAGUGUCUAAGCAAAACGCGUAUUUACAGAGAGGUUGCAUUAUUUAGGACCUGGCUAUUGUUCUGCUGAAGUGUUCUUCGUAGUACUUGGACAAUAAAUCAGGGCAUUAUAUCUGCAUCCACUUCAAAGACUAAAGCAGUAUUCAGUCUUCAGUAUUGAGCAGUACUAAGCUUCACACCUUUACUUUUUAAUUGCUUUUAAUUGUUUUUAGCUCCUAGGCCACUUGAUCAUGAUUUAUUUCCUGCGGGAGCGACAAAAUACUGUAGGAGUGAAAAGGUUUUAUUUACUGAAAAUGAAGAAUUUAAAUCAUUACCUUAAGAGAAUGCAGGUGUUUUGUGUUGUUAUAUAGCUAACUAUUUUCCUAAACAGCAAGUUACCUUUCACUUAGAACAUUAACAUCAAGCUGUUUGUUUGUUAGCUGUCCACCUGUGGU